GGAGCCGGUUGGAACUUGAGCGACGCCCCCUUGUAAGGACAGCCCCCUUUGUAUUGUAUCUUUUGGAGACUCGGGAUCGAGCCUGGGAGGCUGUGGGAUGGCCGACCCGGAUCCCCGGGAAUGAAGCAGGCACUGCCUCCAUAGCAUUGGAAGGAAGCCGCGGAGAGAGAGAAAUAGAGAGAGAGAACCAGCCCUUCCUGCGGCUGGGGACCCAAAACGAACUGUGACAGGAGGUCUCCAUCGGGGACGUCUGUGGAGAGAUUCACUAUGUAUGACAAUGUCACUGAAAUACCGGGCACAACACUAGUGACCGAACUGGACAAUGUGACUUCUUUGCCCUUAACAACAGCACAAUUCUUUAAUGACACUAACAUUACCGUGCCACACAAGUGUUUGCUGUUGUUGUAUGAAGACAUUGGGACGUCCAGAGUUCGCUAUUGGGACCUUUUGCUGCUUGUUCCCAAUGUGCUUUUCUUUGGGUUUCUCCUCUGGAAGCUGCCCUCUGCCAGAGCCAAAAUCCAUGCCACCUCCAGCCCCAUCUUCACUACCUUCUACAUUUUGGUUUUCGUAGUAGCUGUGGUCGGGAUAGCUCGGGCCGUUGUCUCCAUGACCGUUAGUGCUUCAACGGCUGCUACUGUUACAGACAAGAUCCUUUGGGAAAUCACAAGAUUCUUUCUUCUAGCCAUAGAGCUGAGCAUGGUGAUCCUGGGCCUUGCAUUUGGUCAUCUGGAGAGCAAAUCCAGUGUCAAGCGCGUAUUAGCAAUCACAACAGUGCUGUCUCUGGCCUACUCUGUCACCCAGGGAACGCUGGAAAUACUUUAUCCGGAUGCCAGACUCUCAGCAGAAGACUUCAAUAUCUAUGGACACGGAGGAAGACACUUCUGGCUUGCAAGCUCUUGCUUCUUUUUCCUGGUAUAUUCCUUUGUGGUGAUGCUUCCAAAAACACCCUUAAAGGAUCGUAUUUCUCUGCCAUCAAGGAAGAGUUUUUACGUUUAUGCUGGAAUUCUUGCUGUGCUGAACUUGGUGCAGGGUUUGGGUAGUGCGCUACUCUGUGCUGGUAUCCAAGAAGGAUUAUGCUGUGUCGAUGCCACCACUUUCCUCUAUUUCAGCUUCUUUGCUCCUCUCAUUUAUGUGGCAUUCUUGAAAAGUUUCUUUGGUUCCGAGCCAAAGAUCCUUUUCUCCUACAAAUGCCAGGUGGAUGAGCCUGAGGAUGUUGAUGUGCACCUCCCACAUGCCUAUGGGGUGGCCAAGAAAGAAGGGAUGGAUUCCAGCUUCUACUCCAGCACUCAGAUUGACACUGCAGCCUAUUUGGAUGAUGUGGCCUCCAUGCCGUACCAUGUGGGCAGCAUCAACAGCAUUGACAGUGACCGCUGGAAAGCAAUCAACUCAUAAGUCAAAAGUGGUUCCCUUAGAAGAAGGCAUCCCUUCUGCACCUCACAACUCCAUCACAGAUUUUCCCUCUGGAACUGUUUAAUGGGUCAUCAGCUCUUUCCCUUAUUUGUGUAUAUGUUUUAAGCAAAAUAUUUAAAUUAUGUAUGGAACAAAGGAUCAGAAAUGAUGGUCAUCCUUGAAGGACAACACUUAACUUCACAGAGAACAAAGUGGAUUUUAUUUUGAAAGCAUACAGAUCCUGAUGGACCUUCAUUUUCUUGUGCAUUCCAGGUGCACAUGAUUGGAUGUGACCAUAGCCAUUUGUUAAUGAUAAAACACAGGCACAACCAUCGAGUUUGGGCUGCUCUGUGGAGCAUGUAUAUAACAAUCAGUUCACAAGAUUGGAUGUGUUGACAUACUCUUUUUAAAAUGUCCUCAGUGUUUAUGUUUCAAUAAGACAAAGCUCCCAGAAAUGUUGAAUUGAAAGAGAACCUGCGGGUGAAUGGGACUGUUACCUAGAUCUCAAGCAACUGCAAUUUGACAGGAACUGUGAACUGAGCAAAUUUCAAAUGAUUUUGAUAGAAAGAGCACUUAUGAGUGAAUUGCAGAAUGUUCUGGGAUUUCCUCAUGGAGAAGCUGGGAGCUAAGCUCUCUGUGUGCAUGCAUCUGUAUAUAUUUUAUCCCCACUAUAGUAGGAGAAGGAAGCAAAAUAGCUACCAGGGAAAGGUCUCCAUAGAGCUUGUUGCUGUGCAACAAAACUACUGCCGCUGGUUGACAUGCAGCCAUAGGUUUCAUAUACUGUAUAUAUACUAAGUUUCUGGAAUAAAAACUUAGCCUAAUGAGAGCUACAGAAUGGCACUCUGCUUUGGGAUACUGGUAGAACACUAGAGAACAUGGAAAGACAGAAGGAAACAUGGACAAUUCUUAAACAUUUAAAAUAGGACAGAACUCCGUAGAAGACUUCGGCACCAUGUGUUUGGAGCAAGAAGGAUGCAUAGGGUGGCAUCUAAGUUGAGAAUGAGAUUGUAGUUACUGGGACAUUUUCACUGCAGGUUGGUUUUUCAGUGGAUAAUAGUGGUUGUAGCUUUCAGCCAUAGAUCUAGGCUAUUUAUAAAUCUAUCCAGUAACGCAUUCUCUUUGGAAUGGGAUUCAUUAUGCUCUGAAGGGAAUGGCAGAGAUCCUCUUCCCUGAAGCCUCUGCUAGCACAUAGCUGGCUGAUCUCUUGGCAGAAGUGGCGGUAGCUACAGCUCUAAUCUUACUGGAGUAUUACUAGCCAAGUGUGUUUGGAUUGCAAUUCCCAAACCAGCAUGGCCACUGAAUGAAGUCCAAACAUUUAAUGUUUCAAAGCAUUGGCAAUAGGUUAUAUUCAGGCUUUCUGAGACUUAAUGGUAGACUCCACCAAGCUAAAGACCUUUGAAUCAUUUAGUAAUAAUAACAGUACUCUUGGUAUGAGGCUAUUGAAUACAGGGAUGGAUUUCACAUGAUAACACAUAACAUUAAUUAUUGAUAAUAGCCAGCCUUUGAAGCACAUUUUAUGCACUUGGCUUACCUAUGUCAUGUUCUGAAUGUGCUUCUCCUGACAGAAUAGAAAAUGCAGUAAUUGAAAGCUUUACCCUUGUGUGAAAUGCAGGUACCCUUCAUUGAGUAAUUGCAGUUAAUUUAAUUUAUAAUUUUAGAUAUGUAGAUACUUACUGAAAAAGCAGGGACUUGUGAGAAGUAUACAGAGGUUUCUUUCUUUUUGCUGCUGUUCCAACUACUGUGACAUUGAUUCAGUGUUGGGUGUGUUACAUAUCAGUAAGGAAGUAACCCUUUAAACUUGGAUAGAAAUUUUUAUGAAAUAAACAAAACAUGAUUUCAAGUAAACAUCUUUGGGGCUGAGAAGUAAGCAAAAAUAAAAGCUGCCUGAUAGUCUUCUCCUUGGCAUUGAAAAUCCCCUUUUUCUUGUCGCCUGUAAGCCGCACCGGGAUCCUAAAAGUAUUCAGACCUUUCUUUUAAGACUUUUAAAAUGACUGGAUUUUUAAAAAAAUGUAUAUAAUAGUGUCUCGGUUUUGAAUGACUUGACAGUGGAGAUCAAUAGGAUUGUUGUGGAGAUCAGCACUUUGCCUUUAGUUUUGCUACUGUCCAAACUAGCCUUUCCUAAAUGUGUGAAUUUGAUACUGCAAUCAUUUAUUCAUAUUGGCUGCUGUUAUCUAUGUUCUCUCCCUUAUGAAGUGUCUCUUGUGUGUUGUGUUGCUGUUGCUUAUUGUGCUGGCCAUGGGUGGGCUUGUAGGACCUAUAUAGUUCACACCCUUUCAUAUAGUGACCCAUAAAACCAAGUUCAGCAAACAGGGAGCUAUGAUGUGACCUUGCUGUUAUCCAGUCUAUUGCAAGAACAUCUCUGCUCCUUGUGUAGCACCUUAGAUUUUGUGUAUGUGUAUUCUGGAAAGGCCGUAACCAAUGGAGGCAAGAUAUAAAGUUCAGUGCACGAACUUUUUUUCAUCCACAUCCUCAUUAUUCCUUGACUGGAGUGAUAGAUUCUUUCCAUUUUGACAGAAUUCUGCAUGGUGGUGAAAUGCUGGGAAAUCAUUCAGUAUUGGGAUCCUUGGCAAUAAACUAAUAUUACUUUAAUUUCUAUGGGUUCCCUGUAGCUUCAGUUUUCACCAGCCCAGCUGUCUUGAUCUAUAGCUCCCUUCAAUUUCAGCAAUCCUGGCCAAGGGUCAUCAUGGUAGUAAAUGUGAUGUAUUCCAGGAAAUCCAAAGUAUACUAGAUUGAGUACAGCUGCCAUAGAUUUUAGUACAGAAAUAUGUGUGUGUUUCUUGUUUGUUUGGUUUUUUAAAAUGCCUAUUCUUCCAGCUUGCAGCAGAAUAACAAGCCUCGAGUAUGAAGCUAUAUUUCCUUGUGUGAAACAGGAAUAGUCUGAUUUGGGGUUAUUGUUAACAUUGAUCCAUGUUAACCAGUCUCAAAAUUGUGACCAGUUCUUCCAUUACAAGUUUUUCUUCUCCCCUUUUCCCUGACAUUUUAAGCAUAUUUUCUAUAAACCCACAUUUGUCUUCUGCUGCUGAGGCCUAUCUGCACUAAGUGAAGGAAUUAUCUCCUUUCAAGCAUUGUGUUUUUUAUGUGGUUAUAUAAAAACGCUUCCAUGUUCAGCUCACAAAUGUUUGUGUGGGUGUGGGCAUGAACAUGUUGCAGAUGCCACGUGAUAGUGGAACAGAGAUUAUAAGUAGAGCAAUGUAUUUUUUUGUCUGUAAAAUAAAUGAACUUUGACAUAAAGAAAAUUGUCCUUUUUCUCCUGA